AUGACAAUGUCCCGCCCUUGGAUCUUCGUAUCUCCAUCAAGCCGCGGCAUAGGCCGCCACCUGACCAGAUAUCUCCUCCGGACGACCACCGCCCCGAUCCUCGCGACAUCCCGCGCUGACAACACCGCCGCGAAGCAGCACAUACUCGACUCCCUGCCGGAAGCCGAGGACCUCGCGCCGCGGUUGAAGGUCGUACGCGUCGACGUGACGGACGAAUCCACGGUUGAGGCGGCGGCGGAGGAAGCGCGGGCCCUGUUCCCCACGGACUCGCACCACCUACGCCUUGCGCUCGCCAUCCCCGGGAUCCUGCACCCGGAGAAGUCCCUGGCGCAGGUCGAGUACGACAAGGCGCUCGAGACGUUCAAGGUCAACACCCUAGGCCAGAUGCUACUGAUGAAGCACUUUUGCGACUUCCUCCCGCGCAAGUCGGUCCCCCUGCAAAACGAGCAAGGGCUCGCGCGGCACGCGGUGUGGGCGGCCAUGUCGGCGCGCGUGGGCAGCACGUCUGAUAACCGCAAGGGCGGGUGGUACAGCUACCGCGCGUCCAAGGCAGGCGUGACGAGCCUCGCAAAGAGCCUGGACCUCUGGCUGGGCGCGAGGAGCGGUGACAAGGCGAUGGCCGUGGCGUAUCACCCUGGCACCGUCAAGACGGGGCUCAGUGAGGCGUUUUGGAGCACAGUGCCCAAAGGCCAACUGUUCGAGCCGGAGUAUGCCGUGGAGAGGAUGUGUAGUGUGCUCACUAAAGAGGUUGGGCUUGAUGGACGGGGAAGGUGCUGGGAUUGGCAAGGCAAGGAGAUUUUGCCGUGA